CCACUCGCUCAUUGUGCCGGUUCACAUCCACUCAUUCAAUUCUUCAAAAUGGCCUGGUCAAAGUCAUUCAUUCUUUUGCUUGCUGCUUCAAGCAUCGCUAACGUUCAGGCUGGGCCUUGUAAACCUCGUCGCUCGCCAACUUAUAGUGUACCACCUUACAGUGUGCCUACAUAUCCUGUACCCCAGUCUUCUGCCACCAAGACUGGAACUCUCAUUUCUUCAACUGCCACUGGUAGUUCUACUAGUUCUCAUGGUCCAACUUUGGACUCAAGCACUGCAUCUUCCACUCAUUCCAAGACCUCUACUACUGAGUCUACUAUCUCUAUCAGUACUGGAAAGUCUUCAACAACUUCUCAUGGAUCUUGCAUGAGCACCACAAUUAUACCAUGCAGCACUUCUUCCUUGUCUUCUAUAUACUCUGUCACUACCACAACCAACAGUCACAUCACAAAAUCCAAGGACACUUCAAUCACCACGAAGGAAACCUGUACCACAACAGAGGCCAAAACGUCUACUCUUUCAACAACUAUCAGUGCUUCUAGCACAACCCACCAGACUUAUACUACUACAUCUACUCCAUGUCCCAGCAGCACUCAAACUUCUACACUCUCUAUAACUUCUGGGGCUUCGUCUACAUCACAUACUGAAACUAAAAAUUCUGAGACUACGAGCGUGACCACCGCUUCAUCGACUACAAAAUCUUAUUCAACAACGGAGUCGACUUCUUCGAACUCUCAUAGCAGCUCAGCUACAGUGAGCACCACUGUCACACACGGCACCACAGCUUCUUCAAGCACUACGUCACAAUCUUCUACUCUCAGCUCUACAGAAACUGAAAGUAGGACAACAGAAACAAGCAGUCAAACCUCCAAGACGGAGUCAUCGGAAACAACAUUCCCUUGCACCAGCUCCGAGAAAUCUAAAGCAUCCUCAGCUACAAGUGAGGUUUCUUCCACUACAGGGAGCUCAUCUACAUAUGAGACAUCUAAGACAACAGAAUCUUCGGGAACUACUUCGCCUUGCUCAAUUUCUGAUAUGUCAACGUCAUCUGGAAGCUCUACAGCCUCUACUAGCGGGACUACAACUUCCGAGUCUUCUUUUAUGUCUGAGAGCUCAACUUCUUCGGUGCCUUGCACAUCCUCUACAAUAUCGUCUGAGUCUUUCGCCAGUUCAACAAGCGAGACAAGUAGUUCCGCAGUUUCAACUUCCACCCCCAGCACAACCUCAACAGUAUCAUACGAGACCUCUUCCACUUGGACAUCAAGUGAGACUAGCACUUCUGCUACUUCAACCUCUCAGUCUUCAGGGUCAACUACAUCUGAAGCUUCCUCUACCACCACUCCGUGCGAGACUUCUUCUUCCACUUUAUCCAGCACAACAUCUCAUCCCGGGUCACCUAGCACUACAACACCUUGCGAAACUACCACAACGUCGGAUUCAUCAAUCACAUCUCAUGCGUCAUCGACAUCAUCACCCUGCUCUACUUCCACGAUCAGCUCUGAGUUUUCAUCAAGCUUAUCAACAUCUGCAUCUUCUACCACCCCAUGCACCAUCUCAACCAGCACAUCGCCAACUUCCACUCCAUGCACCACAUCGUCUCCUACAACAUUCUCAAGCACGACAUCCACCAAGUGCUCAACAACCACAUCCCCUCCCCCGCGCCCAACUUGCUUCCGCUACACCAUUCGCAACGACCCGCCCAGCCCCGCAGACUGCGGUCAUACUGGCCAUCGCAACGGCAAGAAAGCAAAAGUUCUUGGGUACGGUGACUCAGACAGUGUCGAGGCGUGUGGAGAGAGCUGCGCUAAGUUUGAUGGGUGCAAGGCUGUUGUUUACGGUUACAGAGAGCAUGACUUGAACCAGCCUUUCUGUGAGUUUGUUGAUGCGGUUCAGGGGCGUGAUGACGAGGAUGAUACACCUUGGCAGUGGUAUGAUUUGUCUUGCUUUAACCCGGACUGUCUGCCUCCGAACGAAUGUGGUUAUUAGGUGCAAGAGCCAUAGAUAAAGCUC